UUAUACAUUAUUAAUAUGAUUGAGAAAAUAACAACGCAUGCACAAUUAAACACAAACGUAUGGCAGAAAGUAAUAUAUAAUAAAAAAUCAAAAAACAUUUCAAACAUUAAAACGUUGAAUAACGCAGUCGUCGUUAAUGGAUUACAUGCAAAUAAAAUAAAUUCAAUUAAACAAAAUACUAUUGCAGCUGCAUGUACUGCUAAUGAUACAAAAUCUAAAGUGGUUACAAGCAAAAGUAAUAUAUCAUCUACACUUCCCCCAACGAAGGAUCAUACAAACCAAAAACAAAUUAAAAUAGAGUCGACGAAAAAAUUAAAUUUAAAUAAGUCACUUAUUUCAAGCACAAGUCAAGCACAAAUAGUUGGUAACUCGCAUCGCCAACGAAAUCUAAUAAGACAAAUAAAACGUGCUCAUCGCCACCUACUGACGAGCGGUGGUAACGACAAUAACAAUGGCAAGAAACAUCAAACAGCAGUGCUGGCAACAUUAAAAAGUGAAAAAACCAAAUCAUCAGUGGUGAAUUGUCAAAAUACAAACAGCUGGUACUCGGCGAAACUACUAACACAACAACAGCGACUACAGCAGCAAAAGAAAAAAUUAAAGCAGCAAAACUUUGAGAAAAAUGCCCACAGUGUUGGCAGAAACAAAAGCAAACAAGUGCAAGUGCAAGUGCAAACGACAACAAAGGCAGGAUAUAAAAAGCAACAUAAAGGUAAACAAAGAAAACAACAAGCAAGAGAAAUAGAAAUAGGAACAACAGUGUGCAGUGAGGAUUCAGUGAUUUCAUCGCGUUGGAACUCAAUAGAGGAACAACUAGAUUUAUUAGAUAAACUUUUAUAUUAUUGUGAUGACGACGGAUAUGAACAAAACCAACAGUAUUAUUGUCAAUAUAGCAGCGUAGAUUACGAUAAUUUCGACGGCGCUUACUACGACGAUUCAUACAAGAGUGACUACAGUGAAAUGUCGCAAAGUGACACGCAAUCAACAAUAAGUAGCACGAGUGGUGCUGGUUCUGCUUCAAGUACACCAUCGCCAUUGGUACCUACAUCGCUAAGACGUAGAGGCCAUCAGAAUCACCCACGUUUUCAAGGUACACGCAGACCAACUGUGCCCAAUGUAAAAGAAAUCUUAGAAGCCUUGUAUCGAGGCGACUCACAAGGUGUGCUCUCUAAUAUACGUGCACAGCAACAGCAACAGCAGCAAGACGGUAGUGAGACAGAUACGAUAUCCACCCUAGAUGAAACGGGUUCACAAGAACUUGAAUUAGAAUCUUGUACAAAAUCAAACUUAAGCUUGCCACUUACAGAGUCCAUAACAAACUCUAUCUGCAGCAAUAGUCCCACGCCAACUGAUGAUAGUAGCAUGCUAGAUGAAGGCGUAGUUACAGCUCAAUUGCCUACAACAAAUAGCAAUACUCCUAUAUUGAAAUCAGGUAGAACAAAAGUUAAACGUGAAAAAGGCGAAAAGGGCGAAAGAGGCGAAAAAGUAGAUAGGUCAGAAAAAAAGAAGAAAUCAAGAAGAGAUAAAAAUAAACGUGCCUCCGCUUGCCCGAGUGAUGACACCGGUAAAGAUUAUUUGACUAACCCUGAUGAAGGCAUUGCGAAUGAUGAAGAUGACCAAUCAGCUGAGUGGGCCAAGCUACGUUGCACAAGUGAAGCUGCUGAAAUUGUAGCAGAACGUGAAAUACGACGCAAUAAACGUUGUGCUGAUUAUCCCGGCUUGGCUUUCGGCCGUUCCAUAUUCAGUUCAGAUACAAUGAUGAAAUUUAACAUAAUUCGUAAUGAAUUGCAUAAUAUAAUGAAAACACAGCUUAAACGGGCCGAAUCUGAAGUUGCUGCAUUAAACCGUCGCAUUCAAUUGCUCGAAGAAGACCUAGAGCGUUCAGAAGAACGUCUUGGAUCAGCCACAGCUAAGCUCUCCGAAGCUUCCCAAGCUGCUGAUGAAAGUGAACGGAUACGAAAAGCGCUUGAAAAUCGCACAAAUAUGGAAGAUGACAGGGUAGCUAUUUUGGAAGCCCAAUUAGCACAAGCAAAAUUAAUUGCAGAAGAAGCUGAUAAAAAAUAUGAAGAGGUUGCCAGAAAAUUAGUUCUCAUGGAACAAGAUUUGGAACGUUCUGAGGAAAAAGUUGAAUUAAGUGAAAGCAAAAUUGUGGAACUUGAAGAGGAACUUCGCGUUGUUGGUAACAACUUGAAAUCCCUUGAAGUAUCUGAGGAAAAGGCCAACCAACGUGAAGAAGAAUACAAGAACCAAAUUAAGACCUUGAACACACGUCUAAAGGAGGCUGAAGCCCGUGCUGAAUUUGCUGAACGCUCCGUUCAAAAAUUACAAAAGGAAGUCGACAGGCUCGAAGAUGAUCUUAUUGUUGAAAAAGAGCGUUACUGUCUAAUUGGUGACAGUCUUGAUCUGGCUUUUCUCGAUCUUAUACCUGGACUUGAACCAUUUUACACGGAACGUAAUCCUAAACCACCUACACCAAAAUUGCCAACACCUACACCUGAAGAAAUUGCUGCUAUGGAAGCUGCUAAAGCUGAGGCUGAAGCAGCAGCAGAAGCCGCAGCAGCAGGAAAUGGUGAAGCACCUACUGGUGAAGCAGCUGUAGAGGGAGUAGAAGGUGCAGCACCUGUUGAAGCGGAAGUAGUACCAGAAGCACCUAAAGAACCAACUCCACCACCACCGCCACCACCACCAUUUGAAUAUUCAAUAGAUUUGCCACCAGAAGGUGCUGAAGUACCAUACGUCAAAAACUAUGAGCCCCCACCACCCGGUUCUGAGGAACAAGCCGCACCGGUAGAAGGUGCACCACCAGCAGAAGGCGCACCUUCAGCAGAGGGAGCACCACCAGCGGAAGGUGCAACAACAACAGAGGCUGCACCACCAGCAGAUGUUGCAGCUGCUCCUACAGAAAGUGCAGGACCUGCUUCUGAUGCCGCUCCAGCAGCAUCUACUGCAGAAGCUUCAACAGCUGCAGAGGCUGCACCCGCUUCGGAAUCUGCUCCACCUGCAGAAGCUGCACCGGCUGUUGACAAUGCACCUGCAGGCGAGGGGCAAACUACGGAACCUGCACCAGCUGCUGACGCUCCUCCAGCAUAAAUCAGGCUACACAUAUAUUGCAACUAAUUUUUUUUGCAUGCUAAUUAUAAUUUUGUAUUUUUUUUAAUAUUUUAUUUUUUUGAGAUUAUAAUAAAUGGCUGACAGCAUAAAUAAUUUUAAAUUUUUAUUUAUAAAAAAUGAAAGUUCUUUUGAAAAACAAGAAAGAAACUCCGUUCUUUCGCCUCUGCUUUGCCUUUUUUGUAAUUAAAGUUUAAAGCAAUUUUACCACCAACUACUAAUGCCAAGGCUAAAAAUUACGAAUGUGCUGCUUUAAUUAAGGUAAUAAAUUUUUUUAUGUUUCAUAUUAUUUAUUUUAAAUAUUUUGUUUUAUAUAUUAUUUGUUAUAUUGUUUUAUAUAUUAUUUGUUAUAUUA